UGACCCAGAUCCAUCAUCUAAUGUAAAAGUCUAAUCUGGCAACCUCGCCCCCGACACUGAUGGGAUAGGAUCGUUUGGAAUUUCGGUGACGACAUCAGCGUGACGCCAUCACCUCGGUCGUGUAUUUAUGUUACGAGCAGAACGGCGUGUAAUGAGAAGUUAGAUGUCCGAGUGUGUCCUGCACAAGUUCAGCAGCUGAGAGGUGAGAGAGAGAGAGAGAGAGAGAGAGAGAGAGAGAGAGAGAGAGUGUGAGUGAGUGAGAGAGAGAGAUAGAGAGAGAGUGUGUGUGUUAGACAGUCAUCAGAUCAUCUGCCUUCAGCUGAAACUUUUUGCACAAACUCUCUCGGGUGUUUGAGGCGGUUCGUGACGAUGCACAUCGCGGCGGAGUUCUGCGUGGUGUGCGUGAAGGUGCUCUGGUCGUUCGCGGCGGCGGCGGCGCGGUGGCUCGUGAAGCCGCGAGAGAAGCGCGUGCAGGGCCGUGUAUGCGUGAUCACCGGGGCCGGAAGUGGACUGGGCCGCCUGUUCGCGCUGCACUUCGCCCGCAGAGGAGCCACGCUCGCGCUGUGGGACAUCAACCGCACCGCCAACGAGGAGACCGCGGAGCUCGUGCGGGAAAUCUACCGACAAAACACCACGGACACCAGCAGCACCUGCGCAGGGUCAGAGGACAGCGGUGAGAAGUCGGCCGUGUUCCAGCCCAGAGUUUACACGUACGUGUGUGACGUGAGUCAGCGAGAGAGCGUGUACGCCACGGCCCAGCAGGUGAGGAGAGAGGUGGGAGACGUCACGUUCCUCGUCAACAAUGCCGGCGUGGUGUCAGGACGUCACCUCCUCGAGUGUCCCGAUGAACUGAUUGAGAGGACCAUGAUGGUCAACUGCCACGCUCACUUCUGGACCACCAAAGCUUUUCUCCCGAAGAUGCUGGAGUUAAAUGAGGGACACAUCGUGACCGUGGCCAGCUCUCUGGGUCUCUUCACCACGGCCGGGGUCGAGGAUUACUGCGCCAGCAAAUUCGGGGCCAUCGGCUUCCACGAGUCCCUGAGCCACGAGUUAAAGGCGGCUGACAAAGAUGGGAUCAAGAUGACGCUGGUGUGUCCCUUCCUGGUCGAUACAGGGAUGUUUAAAGGCUGUCAGAUCAGGAAGGAGAUGGCACCGUUUUUCCCGCCCCUGAACCCGGAGCACUGUGUGGAGAAAGCCAUGAGAGCCAUUCUGACCGAUCAGCCCAUGGUCUGCACGCCGCGCGCCAUGUACGCCGUCAGCUUCAUGAAAACGAUUUUGCCGUUCGAUGCCAUCGUCUGCAUGUACCGCUUCCUCGGAGCGGAUAAAUGCAUGUUUUCCUUCUUGGCUCAUCGGAAAGAAUCCACCAACAACAACGAGUCGAAAAUCAGCAUGUAGUCUCUCCGGUGUCCUGAGAGAAAAAAUCAGAACUGUAACAGCUACAUGAGCGAGAACUCUACAGAUUUUUUUAAGCUGCUUACACUUUUCUUUUCUUGAAUCCCUGAUCAUUUAAUCUUCUUCACGUUUGAGAUGUUCUCGUUCUCUAGUUUUAUGCCCUGAUGUUUUCUCUAGAUUUUAAAGAAAGAAAGAAAGAAAGAAAGAAAGAAAGAAAGAAAGAAAGAAAGAAAGAAAGAAAGAAAGAAAGAAAAUCUUACAGGAAAAAUCGAGAUUCUUCUGGUAAAUGUAUCAAGCAGGUGUUAUCGCAUCAUUAAAUAUAAGAACCAAUCAGAUCUUGGUAUGCAAAUGAAGCCCUGGUUUUGCAGGGGGAAGGGGCGGGGUUUGUGCAAGUGAGUUUUUUAGUCGUUUUUAGUUUUUAUAUUUUUUUUUGUGUCAUGCAAAAUUAUAAACUGAAGGUGUAAUGUUCUCCUUAUGAGGCAUUUUAACUGUAGAUAAAUAAACUCACAGCACAGAAUCAUGGGAUAUCCUGCUCUGAGCAGGACACGUGCUUCUGAUGUUUCCAUUUAAAUGUCCUCUGGAAGAUGUCUGGACUUGUGCUGCCUUCUGAACAGGACAGGACCAGUACUUGUGUGUGUGUGUGUGUGUGUGUGUGUGAAGGCUCAUCAGACGUCUGGAUGAAGUGCUCUGAUUGGCUGGACUCUGAAUCCUGCAGUAUGUUACUGUGACCCUGUACAGUCUCUUUAUUUAUAUCUUUAUGUGUGGUUUCUUGUCUGUGUGAAUAAAUGCGGCUUCUGAAUGAAGCUUUGUUACUUCAGAUGUUGUUUUUUUCUGACAAAA